CCCAACCCCGACCCUCUCCGAUGGCCACCGCCACCGCCACGGCGACCGCCGCCGCCGCCGCCGCGUCCUCCUCGCGCCUCCCCUUCCGCCGCGCCGCCUCCUCCUCCUCCUCCUCGCAGCUCCGCCUCCCCGCGGUGCCUCCUCCCCACCGCGCCUCCUUCGCCGUCGUCGCCCUCCACAAGCGCAACCCCAAGCGGCUCAAGUACGCCUCCCAGCGCCAGUUCACGAGAGGGGAUGCCGGGAUGCUGCGGGUGCAGGUGGAGCCAUCCGGCGAGGACGCGUGGAAGCUGGAGCCCGUCGUCGAACUCAUCAACCGCGGCGCCGUCGGCAUCAUCCCUACCGACACCGUCUACUCCAUCGUCUGUGAUCUCAGUAACAAUGACUCUGUCGAGCGCCUUCGCAGGAUCAAAGGCAUUGGAGAUUCAAAGCCUCUCAGCAUCUUGUGCCGCUCGCUACGAGACAUUGAUACCUACACAACCGGAUUUCCUCGAGGCACUAACCAAGGGCAAGCUAACAUAUUUCGUGCUGUCAAGCGUGUAAUACCUGGGCCUUACACCUUUAUUUUACCUGCAACCAAGGAAUUGCCCAAACAAUGCAUAAGGCAUGGAUCAUCUACUAGGUACGCGAAAAGGAGGCAGGUUGGUGUCCGACUUCCAGAUGACCCCAUAUGUGAAGCAAUAUUGCAAAAUCUUGAUGAGCCUUUGAUCUGCACAAGUGUCAAAUCUCUGUCAGAGGAUGAAUGGAUACUUGACCCGGUUAUCAUUGCUGAUAUAUAUGAGCAACAGGGCCUUGAUUUCAUUGUCGAUGGAGGUACUAGAAUUGCUGACCCGUCUACUGUGGUUGAUAUGACGGGAAGCUACCCUACCAUCAUUCGUCAGGGAAAGGGCCCUAAGCUAGAUUGGAUGGUAGCGGAAGAUGAGGAACAAGAGUCGCGACCAACAUUUGCGUAUAAAGCAGCUUGAGUCACUCUUCGGCUGUCCUAUCAUAGGAGGUUGUAAACUUGUAAUUACUUCACCAGAGCCUGGUCUUUUGACUCCUGAAUCUGCUACUCUCAGCUAGACCAGUAUAUAUACUACAUGUUGUAAAUAUGCCAGGGAAUGUAACCAGGAAUCGACAUAGUUCACCAGAUUAUUUUCAGUUCACUGAGCCUCAAUUUUUCGUUUUGUCA